AUGCAGGGCAUACAAAUUCAGCAGCAACUUCAAGAAAUACGUGAUAGUGUAGAACAGAGACGUCACCUUGAAAGGGAGAUUGCUUACAUCGAACUUGGUUUGCGCCGUUUGAAAGAUGAUAUCGAUUCUACUUUGAUACGAUAUAAAGACUUCGAGAACAAAGUACUGAAGGCGAAAAUUGCACUAUUCGGUAUUCAGGGUUUUUUAUUGAUUUAUAUAUAUAUAUUGUCGACUUUGACGGAGGCGCUGAGCAGUUGGCUCCGAGUGUGCCGGAAUCCAGUGCCAGCAGAAUGGUCACGCUUGAAGCAAUCUUUUGUGGAAUUGAAACCCACGAAUCAAGUGGCCGGGAGAGAUGCUGAAAGCGAUCCUUACCGAUUUGGAAGAAUGCCGAGAAGGGAAUGGCCAUUGUGUCGUUCUCUGUAUAGCGAGAAAUUUCGUGUGCUAUAA